UUGCAUGCUGGGAAAGGAAUAGUUGAGAGAGGUUGAGGUUGGAAAGGAUCGUUGGAAGCGUCAGCUGGGCUAUUUUAGCCUUCUUUGCAAAGGACAGUUGCCGAGGAUUAGCGGAAUUGCACUUGCCUGAUUUUCUGCCAUCGGUAAGAGGGAUGCCGCUGGCUUUUGGGCCAUGGACCACAUCACUGGGUUAAUAACGUUACAGGUGUCUGUGCAUGAGGCCCCCAGGUGUGGCUAGGGGACCAUGGAGCCCGACGUCAUGCGCCUCUACUCCUCCUCCCCCCCUCCAAUGGACGAGGGGAUGGAGGAAGAGGAUGAUGAGUUCGGGGACUUUGGGGGCUUCGGCGGCGCCCUGGCCUCCAGCUUCAGCCUCUCAGAGCUGGACACGCCCCUCACGGUCUUCAACCAAACGCAAGCCUCCGACACGCCACCCCCUGAAUUCCCCAUUGGCUCGACGGCUCCUGGUCCCUGUAAGGUCCCUCUGGUGGGCUCCAAUCCCCUCAAGCAGCCAGCAGACACGGCCCAGGAUGAGCCGGACCGGGACUCCACAAGAUUCGAGGCGAGUGGGCCAAGGACCGAGACUGGCAGUCUCUACGUGAAUGGAAAUGUGGCUGUCACGGAGCUUUUAGCAAACGGUUUCCCAGAGACAGAUGCACAGGACCCCUCAGAAGACACCACCGCCUCUGCCUUGAGCUCCAGCUCUCCUUGUGUGCACCGUGGGUCAGAGGACAUUGACCACAGAGACACUAGUCAGCACAAAGCAUCCUCAGGAGAAGGGACCAGCUUACCCAAUGGCUUCACCAAACUCCAUACUCACACAAAGCAGGAACAAAGUAGUGAUGCCCCAGCUACGGUGGCCCCAGAGGAACAAGAGACAAUUUCCAUGGAGGAAGACUCAAAACCCAGAGACCAGGGGACAUCAGUAGAACCACAAGGCCCACCGGGCUCAGGACUUCACACACAGGCCCAGUCAGGGGCUACUGAAAUGCCGCCCAGCCCCAGUUGCAUUAGUCAGGAUGGAGAGGUUCUACCAGAGGGACAGGACUCAGAGAGCAAUGUCCAUCCAGCAGACGAGGAACUCCUGACACCCUCGGGUCCAACGCGGACUUCAGUGAGCGACGACUUUGCCUCCUUCUGCGAGGUCGUGUCCCCUAGCGACCUGGAGGAGUUCGGGGACUUUGGCGACUUCAAUAGCACGGCUCCAGCUUCCACCACCGAGGGGCCACCUCCGGCAAGCGUCCCCGAAGACGACGACUUUGCCGGCUUCGGGGAGGCAGGGGCGCACUCCACUCAGGGCUUCACCGACUUCAGUCAGACUGAGUCCGGCGCACAGGACGGAGGCUUCGCCAGAUUUCCCGCCCAUUUCCCUGCUCCCUCUGAUGCUCCGCCAGAGGCCGGCGCAGGGCAGACACACCCCCAGGAAGCCCCAGAGGAGGACGCUGGGUCCGAGGAGGACGCGGCGGAAGGCCCUGCCCAGGGGGGACAGUUCGGGGACCUCCCUGUCAGUGACAGCUUUGCAGAUUUCCAAUCUGUGCCUGUGGGCGGUGGUGGUGGUGGUGGUGGUGGUGGGAUGGAUGCCGGGGAGGAGUGGGCUGCCUUCGGGGAGCCUCCGGUGGAUGACCAGGCAGGUGCAGCUGGAGAUGGGGAUGGCUGGGCGGCGUUCGGGGAGGCCCAGACCGAGACCACCGACCCGUCUGAGAUGGAGGAACCCCAGUGGCAGGACGGGGCAGCAGUCACAGUCCCCACCUUUGGCAGUCCACACACCAGCAGGAGGGAGAGUCUGACGGCAUCUCUGAGCUCCAGAGUCCAGAGGCUGUUCCAGGCCAGUUUCCCCCACGUGGAGGCUCCUCAGGUCGGGGAGGAGAUCCCAUCACUCAAGGUCUUGCUGGUACCCCAGGAGCCUGAGCCCAGGCAGGAGCAGAAAAACCAGACCCCUUCCUUUUCUCAUCGGGAACCACAGGACAUGUGGUGGCACCUGCAGGAGAUCCACAGCGCCUUCAGCCUCAAGUUCUUAUGGGGAGGUUCCCAUAGCAACAAGCAGCUGCUCCGCUCCCUGGCCAUGGACACCAGAAACAUUGUGUUUGCUGGCCAGAAGAAACAGCCAGUACUAGUGCCCACAUAUGCUGCCAGCUUGGGAAUGCUAGAGCCCACCAAAGAUCCAGUGAACACCUCCUCAGCUGCUGGGCCAGUGGCUGCCUCAGCACAAGCACCUCCUGGAGCUCCAGACAGAGACGCCCCGUCCAAACCCACGCAGGAGGCGCUGGCGAGCGUGCAGCCUGACUGGAGCAGCAGUGGCCUUAAACCCCCUGUGGAUGGUGUGGAUCCAGAGUUGUAUGAACUGACCACAGCCACACUGGAGUCCAGCAACACCGGAAAAAAUGUUGCUGACGCCUUCACACGCCUGAUGUCAACUAUAGAUCAAAACAGCACAUCCACCAGGAGGCCCGUGAGGGAUGAGAACCUGAGCGAGGAGGCGGCGCGUGUUCUCAGCGGCCUCCCCAACCUGUCCUUCAUGCGGGCCAAAGUGCUCAUGUUCCCCAGCAUCCUGGCUCCACAGCCUCCGGACUCGCCCUCAUGACCGCCCAGUCUGCCUCACACACAGUGACCUUUUUAGGUCACAUGCUGGUUAUGUCACUCUGUCUAUGUCUGUCUUCUUCUUCUUCUUCUUGUUUGUCUCCUUUCUCCUCUCUUUGUUUUGAUUUUAGUAUUGUAUAAUUGUUUCCCUUCUGUUCUUUUGACUUUGUCAUUAUAAAAGGUGUAUUUAUUAUUAAUAUGUGCAUUGGUUUCUCAACAGACAUUAAUGUAACAGAUAUCUAGUAUAAAGCAAUAUCAUAGCCAGUUUAGAAGGCCUUUUAAGCUGUCAUUUAUGUAACAUGCACAAACAUUCAUUUACAUAACUGACUGUACACAAUGAAUCCAUAACUUUGUGUAAUAAGGUUCACAUGCCCCAGAGAGGUAUCGGAUAUAAUAUAAGUAUUUCAGGCAAUGUUGUUGUUUUCAUCCUCUCAGAGUUUCUAUUUGUAGAAAGGCCAUCAUCUUUCCAAAUCUGUUGCUUGGGGGAAAACAUCAGAACUUAAUCCAAAGCUUUUAUUCAUGUCAUCAAAACAAUUAAAUAUCAGCACGGAACAUUUCCCAUUAUUUUUCACUGUUUUUCCUGUUGCAUUCUCAUUGAUCUUUAUUUUGGCAUGCCUCUGGUUCUUCCUUUCGAUAGAGCUACAUGAAUCCAUCCAUAUAUGUAACAAAAGGGAAAACAGACCAAUAUUCUCCUCUGGAUUCUUUUUUGUACUUGUUUGUGAUUUUUUUUUUUUUCCAAUCUUUGUUUCCGAUAUUCUGUACGUUUGUUUCUCCCUAGUCGUAUCACUGGAUGUUUUAAGAGGGACUUAUUGCACAAUAAUAUAAUGGAUAAAAUGGAUGUAAUCAGAGUUCAUUGGUGCUUUAGAACCAUGUGUUGUGAAUUCAACUCCUUAGAAAAAAAAAAACAUAAGAAAGAAAGGGGAGAGAGAAAAUCUUGCUUCGAGGGUCCAAUGGAAAAUGGUCCUAUACUUGAAGAACCUAUGAGAGGGUUUCACAACCUGUCUGUGAUCUUUUUCCAGACCCAGUGUGUGAGAUUUUAUUUUUAGUAUUUAACACAUUAAACAGAAGCCUUAAAUGA